GGCAAUGAUACAAGAAUCACUGUCAAGGGUGUACCAGUGUUAAAAUUAAAACUUCAGGGGGUAAUUCUGGAAUACGGAGUAAUUUACAAAACCCUGCCUGCCCCCUUUUAUCUUCUUCUCCGCCCUCUCCACACUAUCUCUUCCCUAUCCUUUUUCCCACCAUCUUCACUCACCUCCUCCCGUCGCCUCAACCCGCCGGAGCUUCACCGAAGGGGGGAAAAGGUAGUCUGAAAUCCACAACAUGAACCCUUCAACUCUUCUAACACAACAAUCAUCUUCUCCUCACCCCACCAUCUUGUUCACUCCAUUUCUCAAUCCUAGACCUCUAAAAAUCACAACAAAGUUUCUCACCUUCAAUCAUCGUCGGCAUAGAUACAGCUGCCGCGCCCCUUCUGUCCGUUGCUCCGCAUCGUCAUCAUCAGUUGACCAACCACCCACCACCACUCCGGUAAGCGAUGUGUUUGGAGGGAAGAAGGAGCUUUCGGCAUUCCAAUCACUUGUGGAUUCUAUGUCGCCGGCUGUUAGGUUAGCUAGCUCAGUCGUUGUAGUUGCAGGCGCCGUUGCUGCUGGGUAUGGACUUGGGUUACGUAUUGGUGGGACCCGGAAUGCUAGUUUGGGUGGGGCUGUUGUUUUGGGAGCUGUCGGCGCCGGUGCCGUAUACGCGUUGAAUUCUUCGGUGCCGGAGAUUGCUGCCUUGAGUUUGCACAAUUACGUGGCUGGUUCAGAUCCUGGUGCACUGAAGAAAGAAGAUAUUGAAAGCAUUGCUAGCAGAUAUGGUGUUAGCAAACAGAAUGAAGCUUUCAAUGCAGAGCUUUGUGACAUAUAUUGCCGAUAUGUUACUUCUGUACUUCCUUCUGGAGGUGAAGAUCUAAAGGGCAAUGAAGCUGAUAUUAUUAUAAAAUUCAAAAAUUCCUUGGGCAUUGAUGAUCCUGAUGCAGCUAGCAUGCAUAUGGAGAUUGGUAGGCGUAUCUUCAGGCAAAGGUUAGAAACCGGUGAUCGCGAAGCAGAUGCAGAACAGCGUCGAGCAUUUCAGAAGCUGAUUUAUGUUUCAACACUUGUAUUUGGAGAAGCUUCUGGAUUCCUUUUACCUUGGAAACGUGUGUUCAAAGUUACUGAAUCACAGGUUGAGGUUGCUAUACGUGACAAUGCACAACGGUUAUAUGCUUCCAAGCUAAAGUUAAUUACUCAAGAUGUUAAUCCGGAAGAUCUUAUUAGUCUGAGAGAUGCACAACUACAGUGUCGGCUUUCAGAUGAGCUUGCUGAAGAUAUGUUUAGGGAGCAUAGUAGAAAGCUUGUUGAAGCAAACAUUACAACAAGUGUGAAUGUACUCAAGUCCAGGACAAGAACAGCAAGGGAUGCCAAGCUCAUUGUUGAUGAACUUGAUAAGAUUUUGGCGUUCAAUAACUCACUUGUCUCGUUAAAGAAUCACCCUGAUGCUAACCGUUUUGCUCGUGGGGUGGGCCCAAUUUCUUUAAUAGGUGGUGAGUAUGAUGGUGAUAGAAAAAUGGAUGACCUAAAACUCCUCUACAGAGCAUACAUUGCUGAUUCUCUAUCAACUGGUCGUAUGGAAAACACCAAGCUUGUUGCAUUGGGGCAAUUGAGGAAUAUAUUUGGUUUGGGUAAAAAGGAAGCAGAAUCAAUUGCAAUAGAUGUUACCUCAAAAGUAUACCGGAAACGCCUUGCGGAAUCUGUAACUGGGGGUGCUUUGGAAGCUUCAGAGAGUAAAGCAGCAUUCCUUCAAAAUCUUUGUGAGGAAUUGCACUUUGAUACUGAAAAAGCCAUUGAGAUCCAUGAACAAAUAUACCGUCAAAAUCUUCAACAAUCUGUGAAGGAUGGAGAGCUUAGUGAUGCUGAGGUAAAAUCACUCGAGAGGUUGCAAGUUAUGCUUUGUAUUCCUAAACAAACAGUUGAAAAAAUCCACGAAGAAAUAUGUGGCACUUUAUUUGAAAAGGUUGUUAAGGAGGCUAUAGCUGCAGGGGUUGACGGGUAUGAUGCUGAUGUGAAACAGGCUGUUAGAAAGGCUGCAUAUGGUUUACAGUUAACCAGGGAUGUGGCCAUGUCUAUUGCUGGCAAAGCAGUUCGGAAAAUUUUCGUAAGUUACAUACAAAGAUCACGAGCAGCAGGUGGUCGAACAGAGGCUGCAAGAGAACUCAAGAAAAUGAUAGCUUUUAACAAUUUGGUUGUAACCGAACUCGUGUCAGAUAUCAAAGGAGAAUCACCCGAAAGCACCACAGAAGGAGAAGAAGAAGAGACAGUUAUGGCAGAAUUUAAACCCGUAGAUGAAACAGAAGAUGAAGAAUGGGAGCCAUUACAGACCCUCCGAAAAGUCAAAUCUAACAAAGUCAACAUGGGAAAAGCAGGUCAAACCGAAAUAACCCUCAAAGACGACCUGCCCGACCGUGACCGAACCGACCUCUACAAGACUUAUUUACUCUAUUGUCUGACCGGAGAAGUGACCCGGGUCCCAUUCGGUGCCCAAAUCACAACAAAAAAAGAUGAUUCCGAAUAUGUUUUUUUGAAACAAUUGGGUGGGAUUCUCGGGCUGACCGAUAAAGAGAUUGUGGAAGUGCAUAGAAGCUUAGCGGAGCAGGCGUUUGGGCAGCAAGCGGAGGUGAUAUUAGCAGACGGGCAGCUGACGAAAGCGCGUGUCGCGCAGCUAAACGAGUUACAGAAACAAGUGGGAUUGCCGAGUGAAUAUGCUCAGAAGAUUAUUAAGAAUAUCACGAGCACGAAAAUGGCGGCUGCACUUGAAACUGCUGUGGGCCAGGGGCGGCUUAGCAUACGGGAGAUACGGGAACUGAAAGGGUCGGGGAUUGAGUUGGAUGUGAUGGUGUCGUUGAAUUUAAGACAGAAUCUUUUCAAGAAGACUGUAGAUGAUAUAUUUUCUUCCGGGACAGGAGAGUUUGAUGAAGUGGAAGUUUACGAGAAGAUUCCGGAAGAUCUUGGAAUUAAUGUUGAGAAAGCCCGUGGUGUUGUUCAUGAACUUGCACGGACCCGGUUGUCGAAUUCUUUGGUCCAGGCGGUUUCGUUGCUUCGACAGAGGAACAGCUCAGGGGUGGUUUCUUCUCUGAAUGACUUGUUAGCAUGUGACAAGGCAGUGCCAGCAUCACCAUUAUCAUGGGAGGUGACUGAAGAGUUGGCGGAUCUGUUUCUGAUAUAUCUCAAGAGUGAUCCAGCACCUGAAAAACUGUCGCGUUUGCAGUAUUUGUUGAACAUUGAUGAUGCAACAGCAGAAGCGUUGCAAGGAAUGAAGGAUCGAGCACCACCAAGUGAAAGUGGCGGAGGAACCAGUGAAGAGGAGCAAAGACGACUUUUUUUUUUUUUGACCCGUACCCGUCCGACCCCCAAAACAUCAAACAAUUAUUCGCGGCUUGGAAAACAAUUUGACCCGUCUGUGGCUCUGUGCAUACUGCGCCGGCAAGCUUUUCAAUCGCUUUUCUUCCUCGAUCGGCUUUUACGACGGCGACUCCUCUUCCUUGACACGGCGGUGAUAUUCUCAACUGCCUAUUAUUGAGCUACUAUGGGGACUGAAGGCCCUAAGGAUUCGUUGGACUGGAAAAGCAUCGGCGAUUCAGGUAAUAAGAAUGAGGCUGAUGCUGGACCUGUUGUGAAAAAACGGAUUCCAAAAAAGAUGCGCCACAUUCCAGACUACUAUUUCCUUCCUCGUAGAUCCAUGUUAGCUAACAUUGCAAUUUAUGGGUCCUGCAUUGUUGGUGGGAUUGGAGCUGGGAUGCUGACUGAAAUCUGGAUUAACAAGAAAGUUAAAGAGGAUGGAAAUGGUGUUUUAUGGGAAUUUGACAAAUAAAUGGCUGCCUGCCUUUGCUUUUGCUGCUUUCUGAGUUCUGAUAGAGAUAAGGAGAAGGUAUAAUGGAUAAAAGAGUACGGAGUUUUAGGUUGCCUGAGACAUUCUUUUAGUUAUUUUGGUUUUUACAUAUUCGUGGUUUUCUCGAUAUUAUUUAUUACCCCUUAUAGUUUUUUAAGGUUUGUUUUGAGUAUUGAAAAGGGAAAAAGAAACCUUAUCUGAAGGAGACCUGGAUAGAUCAACUCAAAAGUUAAUUGGGUUAAGUUGUUUCGGAUGUUUCCUCAGCAGAUUAUGUUCUUAGUUGAUUUUUAAACCUAAAUAAGUGAAUCCAAAACAUUCAUGGUUCACCUUGAUCCACCCCUUUUGGUGGAAGAAAAGUUGCAAAUUUUGCUUCAGACA